AUGGAGCAAUCUCAGGUUGCUGUAAUAAUGGUGCCGCUUCCAUGCCAAAGCCACCUCAAUCAGCUUCUCCAACUCUCUGAACUAAUAUCCGAUCAUGGAAUUCCUGUCCACUUUAUCGGCUCUGCCACCCACAACCGGCAGGCAAAACUCCGUGCCAAUGGCCUAAAUUCUAAUGCAAUGGCCAAAAUUUAUUUCCACGAUCUUCCAUCUCCUCCAAUUGCUGCUAUAGAUCCAAACCCCAACACGCUUGAUAAAACGCCUGUACAUCUUUGGCCAGCCACCUCGACCUACAUGAAUUUUCGUGAACCCAUUGGUACGCUCUUAAAAGAUUUAUCGUUCAAGGCAUCGAGGAUUGUGAUUAUCUAUGACAGGCUUAUUGCUGAAGCAGUUCAAGAUGCUGUGUUAAUUCUGAAUUCAGAAUCUUAUGCAUUCAACUGCCUCUCAGCUUUUAAUCUGUUCUUAGUACUGUGGGACUUUACAGGGAAGAAAUUUGAAGUAGGCAAAGAACUAGAAAACCUGCCUUCUGCGAAAGAAUUUUAUCCAGAGGGGAUCCUCCAUUUCAUAGCAUCUAAAACUGAGUAUCACAAACAUAGAGCUGGAGAUAUUGAUAAUACCAGCAGAGGGAUAGAAGGUACUUAUAUUGAUCUACUCGCUAGAGAAGAGAUUAGAGGAAAUGAGAAGCAGUGGGCAAUCAGACCUAGGCUCCCAGUAAAACUGAGUUCAACUAAUGACUCAAAAAGCAAGCACAAAUGCUUGGAGUGGCUCGAUAAACAGGCUCCAAAAUCGGUUAUAUUUAUAUCGUUUGGAACAACAACUUCACUGUCGAAUGAAGAAGCCAGAGACAUUGCUAUGGGGUUAGAAGAAAGUCAGCAGAAGUUCAUUUGGGUGUUGAGAGAUGCCGAUAAGGCAGAUAUCUUUGCUGGAGAAGCUAGAAGAAUUGAAUUGCCAGGCGGGUUUGAAGAGAGAAUGGAAGGAAUUGGAAUCGUGCUGAGAGAUUGGGCUCCUCAACUUGAAAUUCUGGCUCACAAAUCAACUGGUGGAUUCAUGAGUCACUGUGGGUGGAAUUCGUGCUUGGAAAGUAUUACUAUGGGUGUUCCGAUAGCAGCAUGGCCUAUGCAUUCUGAUCAACCAUUGAAUGCAAUAUUCAUAACAGAAAUUCUCAAAGUAGGUAUCACUGUAAGGGAAUGGACACAGAAAGAGGAACCAGUCAAAGCAUCGACAAUCAAGAAUGUUGUAGAAAGGUUGAUGGCAUCGGAAGAAGGGGAUGAGAUAAGAAAGAAGGCUGAGGAGUUAGGCAUUAAGGUUAGAGAGUCGAUGGAGGAAGGGGGCGAUUCUCGCAAAGAGCUGGACUCUUUCAUUGCCCACAUCACUAGAUAA